AUGGCUGAAAUGAACGCGUCCUCCCAGCUUGGAUCAGUCUCACAUACCAAUAACAGCCCUGGAACAACCCCGAAGAAAUUCCUACGCCAGCAUCAGCCCCCUUCACCAGGUAAAGGGUCGUCAUUCGUCCCUACAAACAAUGAGUCUGCAGACAAUGUGGAUAUCUUCACACACAAUAAAGGAGCAAGGUUUCCGUCGUCGAGUCGGGCAGGCACCAUCGUCGAUCAACCAAUACAGGAAGAGGUAGACUCACUGGACGGCCAGGAAGAGUCGCCCAAUGGUGAUGUCGCGGGGAAACUCCAUGAGGGCCAUAAUGACACCGUUGCUCCGACAUCAUCGGACCAUGAACUAUCGGGUAGAAGACAGUCCGUGGACUCUACGGCUGGUCCAGAGGAUGGCACGAAUGACAUGUCAGCCAAGGACCGAAAACAGUCUCUGUUCAACAAAUUGAGAGCAUUCGCGGCUACACCGUCUUUCCCUUCGCAUUCGCGGUCUGCAAGUGUGGCUACUGCUCCUAUCGGGAUAGGAAACGAAAACGACACUAUCAACCAUGACCUACACACCCCAGCAUCGGAGCGAGGACAUUUCACGUUUCCUGAAGAAGCAUCAGAUGCUGGAAGUGAAGGAGAUGCAGAUGCAGAGGAAAGUGCAGGAGAACAGCAAUUGCGAUUCCGCAGAAGGAAAAAGAGGCAAAGGCCGCGACCAGCCCAAGAACCACAUGAAUCCGCCCCGACUACUCCCAGAGCGGCUGUGACACCCGGACUUUUCUCUUUUAAUUCCUUCCAUCCAUCGGAAAUGACUAGACCUAGUAUUUUCCCACGAAGAGCAACCACCGAUAUGUCGGGCCAACUGCGCGACCCCGUCUCGGAAGAUGAAGGUCGAAAUAGGUUAAAUAUGGACUCUCAAUGGAGAAAGAGAAGCAACGCAUGGCUAUCUAGUGCUCGUGGACUGGCAUACAGUGGACGCACAGAUACACAAAACACGAAUAAUACAAAUGCCACCGCCAACACCGACGAGAGACGGCCCAUGAACCUCCGAAGGUUGACUGCUUUCGGUACUCCAACCGGAGAGCAGGAAGGCAUCAGAGAAGCCUGGAGACGGCACAGGGCAGAAAGAGGAUCUAGUCUGAGUGCACAGAAAUGGCGUCAAAUCAAAGCGGGAUUGAAAAUGAUUGGACAAAGGCGCAAAGCAGAUAACACGAUUGAUCAUGCCAAGUCUGCGGAGCUAUUGGCAGAAUUGACCUCUGGUAUCCCCGCUGCUUUGAUACUUGCCAGUAUGUUUCAGCGCGAUGAGCAUGGGAGUAAGCGUAUCCCGAUUCUACUAGAACAGCUCAAGGUGCAAAUUACAGAUAGUCGAUUUGACUCGCAUUCCGGAGAUCGACAUCUCGUGUUUCGGAUCGAGUUGGAAUAUGGAAGUGGAAUGACUCGUAUGAAAUGGAUUAUACAUCGCGCCCUGAGAGAUUUUGCCAAUCUUCAUCUGAAAUACAAACUGCAGAUUGGAACUCAAAAGUACAUCCAAUUGAAAAGCCAAGACAGUGGGCAUCUACUUCCUCGUUUUCCCAGAAGCGCUUUUCCCUACCUACGUGGUGUACGAGGACUUGAUAGCGAACGGGAAGAAGAGGAAGAAGACGGCGGUGGCUAUGAAACUGGAGCAGAAGCAACCAGCGGCAAUGAGGCUCGUCGUAAGAUGAAGAAGCGACGCUCUUCCUUUGCUAUGACGGGGCGCCGUUCUAGUACUGGCGUUACAUUGGAGAAUGAUGCUCCCGCCGGUGAAGGUGCUGCGGCGGCAACAGGCGAGAGGAGGUCUUAUUCUGAACGGCAGCGAAGGAAGCUCGAGAACUAUUUGCAGAAAAUGAUACGGUUCUUGAUAUUCCGGCCUGAUAGCAAUCGGUUGUGCAAAUUCCUUGAAUUGUCUGCAUUAGGCGUUCGUCUAGCGGCUGAAGGCAGUUAUCACGGAAAAGAAGGCUUUUUAGUCAUACAGUCGGCCAAAGGUCUUGACUUUCGAAAAGCCUUGAGACCAGCUUUGCUUAAACACAGACAUUCGCCAAAGUGGUUCCUUGUGCGUCACAGCUAUAUUGUCUGUGUUGAUUCGCCAGAAGAGAUGAACAUUUACGACGUGUUUCUCGUGGACCCCUUCUUCAAGCUCCAAUCACAAAAGGUUAGGCUCAGGGAUCAAAAAGCAAAGGAUAUUGCGCGCAACGCCAAAGACUCAGCAGCCCACCCUCAACACCACAGACUGAGAGUGGAGAAUUCAGAGCGGAAGCUUCGCUUGCUCGCACGUAAUGAAAGACAAUUACACCAAUUUGAAGAUUCUAUCCGGUUUAUGGUUGAGAACACACCGUGGUCAAAACCCAAUCGGUUCGAUAGCUUUGCUCCGGUGCGAAAGAAUUGUUUCGCGCAAUGGCUAGUAGAUGGUCGCGAUCAUAUGUGGCUUGUAUCGCGUGCCAUUAAUCAAGCCAAGGACGUCAUCUACAUUCACGACUGGUGGCUGAGUCCGGAGUUGUAUAUGCGACGUCCGGCUGCUAUCAGUCAGAAGUGGAGACUCGACAGACUACUACAAAGAAAAGCUCAAGAAGGUGUCAAAGUGUUCGUCAUCAUGUAUCGAAAUAUCAACUCAGCUGUUCCGAUUGAUUCGGAAUAUACAAAGUUCUCCUUGCUUGAUCUCCAUCCAAAUAUUUUUGUGCAAAGAUCGCCAAACCAGUUCCGGCAGAACACCUUUUUCUGGGCGCAUCACGAGAAGUUGUGCAUCAUUGACCAUACACUUGCAUUCGUUGGAGGAAUCGAUCUUUGCUUUGGGAGAUGGGAUACGCCUCAACAUUUGCUAGUAGAUGAUAAGCCCACCGGAUUUGAGUCGCCUGAUGGGCCAAAGGACGCCGACAGCUGUCAGUUGUGGCCAGGAAAGGAUUACUCCAACCCUCGUGUCCAGGAUUUCUAUGACUUGGACAAGCCUUAUGAGGAAAUGUACGAUCGUAACAUCGUACCGAGAAUGCCAUGGCAUGACAUUUCGAUGCAUGUCGUAGGCCAGCCCGCCCGAGAUCUUACGAGACACUUUGUCCAGAGAUGGAAUUAUAUUCUGCGUCAACGCAAGCCCACCAGACCUACUCCGUUUUUGCUACCCCCACCAGACUUUAACCCUGCCGAUCUCGAGGCUCUCGGUCUUGAUGGCACGUGUGAGGUGCAAAUCCUGCGUUCGGCGGGCAAUUGGUCUUUGGGAACUCCGGAUGUAACGGAGCACAGCAUCAUGAAUGCCUACGUCAAGCUAAUCGAACAAUCGGAGCAUUUUGUGUACAUUGAAAACCAGUUCUUUAUCAGUUCUUGUGAGAUUGACGGCACAAAGAUUGAGAAUUUGAUCGGAGAUGCCUUGGUCGAAAGAAUCAUACGAGCAUCCCGGAAUGGAGAGAACUGGCGUGCUGUCAUCAUUAUUCCUCUCAUACCCGGGUUCCAGAAUACGGUCGACUCUGAAGGUGGUACUAGCGUUCGAUUGAUCAUGCAGUGUCAAUACCGCACUAUUUGUCGAGGGGAGACUUCCAUCUUUGGUCGUUUACGCGCUGAGGGUAUCGAGCCAGAGGACUAUAUACAGUUCUUCAGCUUGCGGACCUGGGGGAAAAUUGGACCAAACAAGCAGUUGGUGACCGAACAGCUCUACAUACACGCGAAAUGUAUGGUGGUAGACGAUAGGGCAGCCAUUAUUGGAUCUGCAAAUAUCAAUGAGCGUUCUAUGCUCGGUUCGCGUGAUUCUGAAUGUGCCGCCCUUGUCAGGGAUACCGAUAUGGUUUGGUCGAGAAUGGACAACAAACCUUACUUGGUCGGUAGAUUUCCGUAUACCUUGCGAAUGCGACUAAUGAGAGAACAUAUGGGCAUUGACGUGGACGGAAUUUGCGAUCAUGAUCUCUCAAUGGAGGUGGCAGGACGCACAAGAAGGGAUAGUGAAAUGGAUGCCGCAUCUCUGGAUAGCCAGGUCAAUGCAGGCCAGGAUGGCGAACGUGACAAGCAAGAUGAACGUGAAAUGAUUGAGCGCCGACAUCGCAUUCAAGAUGAAUUCCUCACUCGAUCCGAAGACAUGCAUAGCUUCAAUCAUGAUGUUGAUUGGGAACAAGGCAACAAUCCAAACUUGAAGGCUAACAGAAAGCUCACGGCCGAUCCCCGAGUUACGGAGAACCCCGAGCAUCGAUAUGAGGUUGCUGGAUACGGCGCGGACCACAUGAAGAUAGGUCUUGAAGCAGGCGUUGGGUUCGGCCGGGAUUCAGCUAUUCUGCAGGACACUUCUGAAGUGCUUGUGAACGAUCUCGCCACAGAGGGAAAAGGCACAUUGAGCAAUCCGAGAAAGACCCAGAUAAUUACUGAACAAGAGCGAAUCCUGCAAGACAGCGCUAAAGAGUCGAUUUUACCUCCUACUUCUGGUCAGAUCGAGGCAGCAUUGGAUCUUCCAGAAACUCCAUUCUCCCGACUUCAACCAUUACCACAAACUAACGAUGUCGAUAUUGGUGGCCCGAUAUUACCGCCCAAGGAGUCCACAAGUGGUCAUCCUCUGGCGGAUACUAUCUGCCAGCCAUUUAUCGAUGAAAACUGCAUGCAGGAUCCCGUGAAUGAGAAGUUUUACUACGAUACAUGGCAGAAACUUGCUGAAAACAAUACCAAGAUCUACAGGACAGUGUUCAGGUGUAUGCCAGACAGUGAGGUCAAGUCAUGGAAGGAAUACAAAGAAUACACGACAUAUGGCGAGAAGUUUGUGGAAGCUCAAAACCAGCAGACGGAUUUAUGGAAGUCGCAGAAUACGGGCACCGACAACAACCAAUCUCCAGUGACCAUGGACACGACUGUUCGACCUGAUUCGGAAAAGAGAGAGAAGGAGACUGCGACUGCCGUGAACAAUACUGAAUCACACAAUCGACAACCGUCCGUUGAUGAUGAGAAAGCCGCUUUGAAGGAGACGGAUGACACCACUCAACCGAGCCAUUCCACAACAGAACCCCCAGAAACCGGAGUCGCACCACCGACCACCAGCGAAAAUAGGAACAGAGCCGGCUCAGGCUCUGGAUCUGGUCCAGGGCCAGCCCAACCUUCAUCAGUCGGAUACUCGGGCGCCUUGAAUAUGAAUAUGACUCAAUCCGGAACGAUCUCCAGGCGUCGACGAACGAUGACACGAGGCUCAAGAAGAGAGUUCCAUGCUUCUGAUGGAGUGAUUGACUUACGGCACGCGGAGGAAUUGUUGGGGUUGACACAGGGGCAUUUGGUUGCUUGGCCUUAUGAUUGGCUCGAGAAGGAAGAACAAGGUGGCAACUGGUUGUACACUCUUGAUCAAAUCUCUCCUAUCGAAAUCUACAAUUAA